CCAUACAACCAAACCACCAUUCUCACACCGACUAUAUCCCGCCAGAACAAAGAAAAAGAGAUAAAAGAGAAGAAUGUCCACCGAACCCUCCCCCCCGCUCACCACCACCGAAACCGUCCCUCCCCCGACAACUUCAACUCAGACCACCGACCCCCAAGGCCAAUUCUCCGCCGCAGUAGACGAUCUUCUCGACCAACUACAACAUAAAUUCGAUGGCGUGUCGAGGGAGAUGUUUGGGAAGUUGGACGAUAUGGCGAGACGGUUGGAUGAGCUAGAGGCUUCGUUUACGGUCGUGGAUGGGACGACGGGGAGUACGACUGCUACGGGGGGUGCGUCGGGGACGGGGUCGGGGAGUAAUGUGGGCACGACGACGGGGAGUCCGGAGAAGUGAGCUUUGUUAUUGUUGGGUUGGUUUUGUUGAUAUGGGGGUUUGAUUGGGUUGGAGUUAGGGGUUAUGUUUCUUGUAGAUAGAUGUGCUGUGUUGUUUGAUUUGAGGUGUAGGUGAUACCCUUUACUAUACUUUUCACUGCUUACAGUACUAUAUUGCACUGCUGCUCAUCAAUGGAUACU